AGUCUCUAUAAAUAGCACCUCUUGCUUUGUUAUAAAUCGCAUCACCCUCACUACUAAUUAAGAAGUUGAAUACUCUCACAACUCUCUUCACUCAAUCAUAUAGUUAUGGGUGUUCACACUUUUGAAGAGGAGUCAACCUCACCGGUGCCUCCAGCAAAACUAUUCAAAGCCACCGUGGUAGACGGCGAUGAACUCACCCCAAAGCUGAUUCCGGCAAUCCAGAGUAUUGAGAUCGUUGAAGGAAACGGAGGCCCUGGAACUGUCAAGAAGGUUACCGCUGUUGAAGAUGGGAAAACUAGUUAUGUGCUACACAAGAUUGAUGCAAUUGAUGAGGCUACCUACACAUAUGACUACACAAUAUCCGGAGGAACAGGGUUCCAAGAGAUCUUAGAGAAAGUUUCAUUCAAGACAAAGCUUGAGGCUGCUGAUGGUGGAUCCAAAAUCAAGGUCUCUGUUACAUUCCACACCAAGGGUGAUGCUCCUCUCCCUGAUGAAGUUCAUCAAGAUGUCAAACAAAAGAGCCAAGGAAUCUUCAAGGCUAUUGAGGGUUAUGUUUUGUCCAACUAGAGUGUUUAUUAUUACCCUAUGUCUCUUUAAGAUAUGAUGAAAGAUGGAGAGAUUAAUAAUGGUAAUAUAAAUAUAUUUAAAGAAAAAAGAGAGAGAGUUGCUUUUGGUUGAUUGAUGUAAACAAUAAAAAAAGUUUAUUAUUAUGUUUGGUGGUUGUUUUUGUAAUUUGUUGUGUCAUAUGAUAUGAGUCUUUGUAUAUGUGGCUUGGGGUUGGAUUUGCCGCCUUGUCACUUGUAAUAAGCUCUCAGGUUUGAUUGAUCAAAGUGUUUGAGCUUUUGGAUUGA